UCCUCUCUGCUUGUCGCAGCGGGUGAGAGCGCAAGUGAAACGCAUUGAGAGCAACUCGCACCGGAUUGAAGAAACAUUGGCGAAAAUAAAGGCAGUACUGUCUUAAACAACGUGUAUACGAAGAUUGUUCCAGCAUGGAGACCGACCUGUAUGACGAGUUUGGGAACUACAUCGGCCCAGAGCUGGACUCCGAUGAUGACGAUGACUUGGACAGGGACGAGCGAGAUGCGGAGGAGGCCGACGAGGACGACGACGAGGAGCCGGCCGACCCCGACGAGGAGACCCCCGGGAUGGAGGUGGUGCUGCACGAGGACAAGAAGUACUACCCGACGGCGGAGGAGGUGUACGGGCCCGAGGUGGAGACCAUCGUCCAGGAGGAGGACACACAGCCGCUCACAGAGCCCAUCAUUAAACCUGUCAGGACAAAGAAGUUCACGCUGAUGGAGCAGGAACUGCCCUCCACCGUAUAUGACAUGGAGUUUCUAGCCGAUCUGAUGGACAGUCCAGAGCUGAUCCGAAAUGUCACACUUUGCGGACACCUGCAUCAUGGCAAAACCUGCUUCGUGGACUGUCUCAUCGAGCAGACGCACCCCGAGAUCCGCAAGCGCGAUGACAUGGACCUUCGGUACACUGACAUCCUCUUCACAGAACAGGAGAGAGGAGUGGGCAUCAAGAGCACUCCGGUCACAAUGGUGCUGCCGGACUCCAGGGGCAAGUCCUACCUGUUCAACAUCAUGGACACUCCAGGCCAUGUGAACUUCUCUGACGAAGUGACCUCAGGAAUCCGCAUCUCCGAUGGCAUCGUGCUCUUUAUUGAUGCUGCAGAAGGAGUGAUGCUGAACACGGAGCGGCUGAUCAAGCACGCGGUGCAGGAGCGCCUGGCCGUCACCGUCUGCAUCAACAAGAUCGACCGGCUCAUAGUGGAGCUCAAGCUGCCGCCCACCGACGCCUACUACAAGCUGAGGCACAUCGUGGACGAGGUCAACGGCCUGCUGAGCAUGUACACCACUGAUGAGAACCUAAUGGUGUCCCCACUGCUGGGCAACGUGUGUUUUGCCAGCUCACAGUACAGCAUCUGCUUCACGCUGGGCUCUUUCGCCAAGAUCUACUCCGACACCUACGGGGAUAUCAACUACACAGAGUUCGCCAAGAGGCUCUGGGGGGACGUUUACUUCAAUCCCAAAACGAGGAGGUUCACCAAGAAAGCUCCCAGCAGCAACUCUCAGCGCAGCUUUGUGGAGUUUGUACUGGAGCCACUGUAUAAAAUACUGUCUCAGGUGGUGGGCGACGUGGACACCUCUCUGCCCCGGGUGCUGGACGAGCUGGGGAUCCACCUGACCAAGGAGGAGCUGAAGCUCAACAUCCGGCCGCUGCUGCGCCUUGUCUGCAACCGCUUCUUCGGGGAGUUCACAGGCUUUGUGGACAUGUGUGUGCAGCACAUCCCUUCACCACAGGGUGGCGCCAAAAACAAGAUUGAGCACAGCUACACUGGGGGCCUGGACUCUGACCUGGGGGAGGCUAUGGCAGAGUGUGACCCUGAUGGCCCUCUCAUGUGUCACACCACGAAGAUGUACAGCACGGAGGACGGGGUCCAGUUCCACGCCUUUGGGAGGGUGCUUAGUGGUACCAUCCACGCGGGGCAGCCGGUGAAGGUCCUGGGGGAGAACUACACCCUGGAGGACGAGGAGGACUCUCAGAUCUGCACCGUAGGGCGACUCUGGAUCUCUGUGGCCAGGUACCAGAUAGAGGUCAAUCGGGUGCCAGCGGGGAACUGGCUGCUGAUCGAGGGCUGCGACCAGCCCAUCGUCAAGACUGCCACCAUCACGGAGCCCCGCGGCAAUGAGGAUGCUCAGAUCUUCAGGCCGCUGAAGUUCAACACCGCCUCUGUGAUUAAAAUUGCCGUGGAGCCCGUCAAUCCCUCUGAGCUGCCCAAAAUGCUGGAUGGCCUGAGGAAGGUCAACAAAAGCUACCCCUCGCUCACCACCAAGGUGGAGGAGUCCGGGGAGCACGUGAUCCUGGGCACGGGGGAGCUGUACCUGGACUGCGUGAUGCAUGACCUGCGCAAGAUGUACUCUGAGAUUGACAUCAAGGUGGCCGACCCUGUAGUGACCUUCUGUGAGACUGUGGUGGAGACAUCGUCCCUGAAGUGUUUUGCUGAAACGCCAAACAAAAAGAACAAGAUCACAAUGAUUGCAGAACCCCUGGAGAAGGGGUUGGCAGAAGACAUUGAGAAUGAAGUUGUACAGAUCUCCUGGAACAGAAAGAAGCUUGGAGAGUUCUUCCAGACCAAGUAUGACUGGGAUCUGCUGGCUGCCCGUUCCAUCUGGGCAUUUGGGCCUGAUGCCACAGGACCUAACAUCCUGGUAGAUGAUACUCUCCCAUCAGAGGUGGACAAGGCCUUGCUGGGCUCAGUGAAGGACAGCAUCGUCCAGGGCUUCCAGUGGGGCACCAGGGAGGGGCCGUUGUGUGAUGAGCCCAUUCGCAACGUGAAGUUCAAGAUCCUGGACGCGGUGAUCGCUCAGGAGCCGCUGCACCGGGGAGGAGGGCAGAUCAUCCCCACGGCGCGCCGGGUGGUGUACUCGGCCUUCCUCAUGGCUACCCCUCGACUGAUGGAGCCCUACUACUUUGUGGAGGUGCAGGCCCCAGCCGACUGUGUGUCCGCUGUGUACACCGUCCUGGCCCGCAGGAGAGGUCACGUGACCCAGGACGCGCCGAUCCCCGGCUCCCCCCUCUACACCAUCAAGGCCUUCAUCCCAGCCAUCGACUCCUUCGGCUUCGAGACGGACCUGCGCACCCACACCCAGGGCCAGGCCUUCGCGCUGUCCGUCUUCCACCACUGGCAGAUUGUGCCCGGUGACCCCUUGGAUAAAAGCAUUGUGAUCAGGCCCCUGGAGCCCCAGCCUGCCCCUCACCUGGCCCGCGAAUUCAUGAUCAAGACCCGCCGGCGCAAGGGCCUGAGCGAGGACGUCAGCAUCAGCAAGUUCUUCGACGACCCCAUGUUGCUGGAGCUGGCCAAGCAGGAUGUGGUGCUCAACUAUCCCAUGUAACGGCUCGGGGCGUCGGGACCCUUUCUGCCCCGAGCGCCGGAGGAGCACACGUGCGCCCCGUCCCGUGGCCGAGAGCUCACCUCCGCCAGCCGUCACGCAGGACGUCCUGCGAGGGUGUGCUGGGCCUGCCGGCAGCUCCUCACUUUCUGCUGUGGGCUGCGGCCGCUGACGUGACCGCUCCCGCCUCCUCACGGAUCGCGCCCUGACGCUUCCCAGCUUUCUGUAGAUUUCUCUGAAUUUGUUUAGCAGAAACAUACUGAACAUCUUGUCAGUAAAAUGCAUUUCUCAGAUUCCUUACCAGUUAUGAUCAGCACUGAAAAACAUCGGGCCCACAUCGGCUGAGAUGUGUUUUCAGUAUUGAAUAAGAAUUGAAAGAGUCAGUUCCAGGCUGACUGUAAUUCUUAAGUCACUUUUCAAAGAAAUUGGAUAAACCUUCAGCUUGUAGUUAGACCAAUGUUAAAGCUUUCAUGAUUUUCCUAUAGUUCCAGUCUGUUCAUGGUGGCAGUGUGACAGUAUUCUGUCUCCUUUCCAGCACCAGACAGUGACUUCAGCCUUCAGUAUCAUGGGAGCUGAUUAGGGCAGCCAGUAAGACUCCUGAUUCACAGCCCUUGGAUCCAUUUCAAGUAAUGCAUGAGCCAGCUAACCCGAGAUUUUCCCUGCUUGGAGUUCACGUUUUGGAUGUUUGAAAUUGAGUCUCAGCUUCAUCAGUGGUUUGUACAGCUGAUGAAAUCUGAAGUGGUUCAGAUUGCUGUCCAGUGAGAGUCCUACCUGUUUUCUCUAGCUAAUUCCUUAUAUAGGCCCUCACCCUGAACUGUGAGAAGGUUUCCAAUGCAGUGUGAUAGUCUGUUUUUAUAUACAUAUAAGAAAUCAAAGUUUGUAGAAAUGUUGGGAGGUGGUUGUUUUUACUAUUUUGUAUUGUUUCAGGUUUCUGACGUGCUGUACAAGUCUAAAUAAAAUCUCCGCCUGUUUUUCAA